CCUCGAUAAGCGAUCUCCCUAUGUUCUUAUAAACCAAAAAAAGCUUCUUCUUUGUUAUCCUAAUUAAAAUAGAUAAGAGAUGGCAGAAGCCUUUGUGAAAUCCUUUCUGCAACGAUUGAGUUCUUUAAAAUUGCAGGAGAAUGAAGGUUCUCCAUGUCUGCUAGAUCAAAUAAAAAAGCUACAGAACAGACUUGAAGAUAUUGCAAACUUUCGUCGAGAAGUAGGUAAUUCUAGCAAACAAGAAGAUGGAUUGAUUUCCAAUUGGGAGAGCGAUUUGAUAGAAAUAGUAAAUGAUGCGGUCAAUUGUAUCGAUCAGUGUGUCGCCAAAAUUAGAACUCAAGAUGGGUCUGAUCAGGAUCUCUCAAUUGCGCAGUUUUGCAGUGAAUUAGAGAAGAUCGAUGAACGUCUUGCCGGAAUUUCAAGCCGAAGAUCUCAACUUGAUAUGCCGCCGCUGCCGACAUUAGUAGCGAAAGAAGAAAUUGGGCUAAGUUCUUCUACUGAUGUUGUUGAUGUAGUAGGUGAGGAAUCUUUUGCCCCCUUUGCAUUGAAUUAUAGAAACUUACCUUCAUACCUUAGAUCCUGUUUAUUCUACUGUUCUCUCUUUCCUGGGAAAAUAAGUAGAGGCAGAUUGGUUCGGCUACUGGUAGCUGAAGGUAUUUUACAAGAAAGACCAGGGGAAGUUAUGGAAGAUAUUGCUGAAGAAAAUAUCAAUGAAUUACUUAGCCAAGGAAUGCUUCGAGUUGAAAUUGGCUACAAAAAUGAACUCAAAGUUGUUGACCCUUAUCAUGAAAUCUGUCAACUUGAGCUGCAGCAAGGAGAAGAUUCACAAGGAUUAAUUCCCGGUGAGUAUUGGAUUGAAGGCAUACCUGACGACCACUGGGCCUGCGUAAGAAAUGCCUUACAUACCUUCAAUUUUUUGAGAGUUUUGGAAUUUGAGAAUCUUUGUAUUAAGAGCUUACCAGAAGAACUAGGAAAUCUGAUACACUUGAGGUAUCUAGGCUUAAAACAUUCAACGCUACAUGAGAUUCCGGAGAGCAUAAGAAAUCUUCAAAAUCUACAAACUUUGGAUAUUGGAUGUUCUAGAAUGCGGUUGGCAUUGCCAAGUGGAGUUUUGAAUCUUCUACGGUUGAGGCACCUUAUGCUGUCGAUGAAUGAAACAAAAGUCCUCUCAGGUAUAAGCACAUUAACAAACCUUCAAAGUUUAACUGGUUUAUACUUGAGACUUGGUAUCAUCGAAGAAUUAAGGAGUUUGACUCAACUGAGGAAGCUGGAAUUGAAGGAUGUAUCCGAAGAACAUGCCAACGAGCUCUCUGCUUCUAUUAUGAAGAUGAGAGGACUUGUGUCUUUAUCUCUUGAUUCAGGAGAUCAUUGGGGCAAAGAACUAUUGCCUACAUUGGAGCUAUUUUCACCACCACAGUUUAUCAGAAAACUUCGCCUAGAUGGGUGUCUAGUGGAUCUUCCUCACUGGGUCUGCUCCAUGGAGAAGCUCACUAAGCUAAGGUUAGGUUUUACCUUUCUACCUGAGGAAGCAGUUUUUCUACUUCAAUUGCUUCCUAACUUGAAACAUCUAACAUUGUGGGAAGCAUGCAAGGUCAAGAAAAUGAACAAAGAAUUUUGUCGGGUAGGUGGGUUUCCUAAGCUGGAGGCACUUGUUAUUGCUUCUAUGAAACUAAUGGAAUGGACAGAGAUUGAAGAAGGGGCCCUGCCAAGCUUGGUAUUCCUCAGCUUCCACAGUUGUCCACGGUUGAUGAGUCUUCCAGAAGGACUGCAAUAUGUCACCACUCUAAAAGAACUGAAGAUACUGCCCUUGCACCCAGAUCUUGAACGGAGGUUGAAACCUGAUGGAGGCAAAGAGAAUUACAAGAUUAAACACAUCCCACUAAUACAGUUUCUCCCUUUAUCCCUACUCGUAUGAGAUGAAAUGUGAUGCCAUGUUCUGUCAACUGCAGGAAAAGAAAAUUACAAGGUCAUGCACAUCCCCUGGGUACAAAUUUUCUUCAGAAUGUAACUUGUUUUUACUUUUCAUGCAUUUUUCAUUUUUAAAGAUGAUUAUUAAACAGAAGGUUAUUGGAAUAGGCCAAACUCAAUAUGCUAUGUGGUGUGCACUGAAUUGCAGGUCACAUUGAAGUGAUAUGAACUACUUUUGGCAUCUGUCAAUGUAUUCAUAUUUUAAAGGA